AUGAACUGGGAAUCUUUCGCGCUCUGUCUCUUAUGUCUGAGUCAAGUUUGUCUCGCCUACAAUGGCAUGGAUAUGCCCAUGGAUGAUGGUAUGACUCUUGCCGUGGGGAACAUGCUCUCGUAUCUGCACUUUACGCCAGUGGAUACUCGUGGGUUAUAUCUUCUCAACUGCAUACAAGGAGCUCUUCUAACAGGCCAGUAUACAGUGUGGUUCCUUGGCUGGGUUCCUCAGAGCUCGGGAGCCAUGGUUGGCACAUGUAUCGCACUGUUUAUGUUGGCGCUGAUCGAGCGCUGGAUAGCGGCUUGUCGAGGAGUGAUGGACUCCCACUGGGGCCAGCAGGCGAUUAUCAUUGCGUCAGAUAAACUUAAUACUCUGCCGACUCAGUCAUCUCCCAUCGGAUUCAUCAAGCGCUUCACGCCCCCCUUCAUUCCCGCGCAUGAUAUCACGCGUGGGAUCAUGUUUGCAGCGCAGACGCUGCUUGGUUACCUCUUCAUGUUGACAGUUAUGACGUACCAGCUGGGUUUCAUAUUCUCCCUUGUGGUGGGGCUCGGAGUGGGAGAGACUCUCUUUGGAAGGUUUAGUGGUAUUGCGUACGCGCAUUAA